AUGAUGGCACAGGCUCUCGCGGCCUCUGACGGAACGGUACAAUCUCUCAGUCAAGAUGAUCUUGAUUGUGAACGAUGCUUCGCACAAGAUGAUAUGGUCUAUGACUUGAAGGCAUUGGGGGUACAAAUUAUAGACUCCAGUUGUCCGGCUGGUCAAAAUCAAAUUCUGAACUACUUGAGGAAAGCAGAACAUAUGUUGAGCAUCGACUUCGAUUGCGAUCCCGACUCGACGGUCUCUCUGCAUCCGACUUUCACCACGGACAGGACCUCGUGCACUGGUGGCAAUCCUGCUCUCGGCACAAACGACCCAGGUUCUUCAUGCCAGCGUAACCUCGAGGUUAUCAAUUUAGGCGCUGCUUUUGAAGCGGUUCGCUCAGCCGGACGGGAGCUGAAGGAUGUUGUGUUGGCUAUCAUCGACACUGGUGUUGACAUGACUCAUCCUGAUCUGGUCACUCAGUUCUGGAGGAAUCAUCACAAUAAUAUCGGCUACAACUUCCUAUUCAACAAUACUAAUGUAACUGAUGACCAUGGUCACGGUACUCACUGUGCUGGUAUCGCUGCAGCUCAGACUAACAAUUGCAUUGGCAUCGCAGGGGUGACAAAUAUAGAUGGGUCUGCGCCAAAAGUCAAGCUGAUGAUACUCAAGUUCAUUAAUGCGUCCGGGAUUGGCUAUCAGAGUGAUUCACUGAGAGCCCUCGACUUCGCGAUUGAAAAGGGUGCAGCAUUCUCCUCUCAUUCCUACCGAUGGCCUAAUAGGAGUGAGAUUUUUGAGACCGCAUACAAGAACGCCGCUGCUGCUGGGCAUUUGGCCUUUUUUGGGGCUGGAAACGAGGAGGUCAAUUUGGAUGAUGCACCGGUGUAUCCGUGCUCCUACGCUGAAGAAACGUCAAUGGUCUGUGUGGCCGCCAGUACCUCCGAUCCAACCAAGACUAUCUGGCUCGCCUCUUUCUCGAAUGCUGGUUCUGUUACGAAGGUUGCCGCACCCGGUAGUGCUAUUUAUUCAACUAUGCCAGACGGGCAGUAUGAUUUUAUGACUGGUACAUCGAUGUCGACUCCUACGGUUGCCGGUGUGGCGGCUUUGCUGGGUACGCUCGGUCUAGAUAGUCAAAAAAUAGUGGACACUAUUAUGAAGUCUCGGACCGAAGAUUUACAGAAUAAGUUCGGGCUAUCUGAUAUCGGGUUAAUAAAUGCCUACAAAGCAGUCCAAAUAGCUCUGAGCUCGCCGGCUACACGCUAUUGA